AAUGACGUCAUCAGUGCGCGCCGAGUUCAACAUGGCGACUGUUGUUUAGUUGUUGUUUUGCCGUUCCGAAUAAACCUGCAGUCGCUGAAGCCGCCAGUAUUUUCAUUCAGGGUUAACGAUGAGCAAUGAGGAGAAAUCCGAGGGUCGUAAUUUCUUCAUGGGAUAUGAUGAUCUGAGUGACAGCUCCAGUGAUUCUGACACGAAUGAGUCCAGUAAGAAGAGCCGAGGCGGACCCGAGUCGUCCGGAGGAUCCGAACCGCAGAGUCGCAAACGAGCCGCCGAACCGCUGCCGAAACCUGACGAUCUGUUCCAGUCCGUCAGCAAACCCGCGUUCCUCUAUAAUCCGCUUAAUAAAGUGAUUGACUGGGAAAGAAGAACCGUGAAAGCGCCAGAAGAGCCUCCAAAAGCAUUUAAAGUGUGGAAGACCAAUGCCGUACCUCCACCCCAAACUUACGUGACAGAGGAGAAGAAGAAGGGACCUCCUGCGGGAAUGGACAUGGCCAUCAAAUGGUCAAAUGUCUAUGAAGAUAACGGAGACGACGCCCCUCAGGCCCACCGCGGCCCCGCCCGCUUCCUGCCGGAGGAUGAGGAGGGGGAGGAGCCAUCUCAUCUGGACUCUGAUGACGAUGAACAGGGGACGCACCUGAGGUCCGCAAAGAAACAGCGAGUGGAAACCUUUCAGCAGAAGGAGAAGAGAAAGAGGGAUAUUGGACAGGCAACAUCAGAUAAGAACUUUGUGGAAGAGGAGAAGAGGAUCCUCAGACAGUGUAAUGAUUGAAAUGCAACCGUGUUGGUUUGUUUUAAUGCUUGUUUGGGAGUCUUCACAUUUCUCCCGAUGUUGACCUGAACCGCACCACAGAUUUGGACAUUUUAAAGUCAAUAUCAUUUCAGUCUAUCUAGAAAAACGUUCCCGGAAAUUGCUUUAAUGAAUUGCUUAUUUUUUACAACAAUCUAAUCCAUUGGUUGAAUGAUUUUUUUGUGUGUUUCAAAUGAUGUGUAUCUGCUCAGAUUGAUAAACGUUGAAAACUCUUAA